AUGCCACCUCGCCAACUCCUCUCAACCUUAAUAACCUCCCUCACAACAUCCCGCUGGACCCUAACCCGCACCCUCCGAAGCGAAAACCCCCUCGACCUAACUGGCGAGCUACACGGCACAGCAACGUUCACCCCACAACCACACCAAACCAAAGACCGCGACUGGCUCUACUGUGAAGAAGGCGAAAUCCCCAGCAGUGUAAGCGCAAGCCUCGGCGCCGCCCAGCCCGGUCUCCGCUGGACGAAAAAGUACAUAUGGCGUCUGGCCAGCGGUAGCGACGGCGACAGCGACAGUAACAGCGAGCGGGUGAGCGUUUGGUUUGUGAAGGUUGCGCCAGGCCCAGAGGAAGCGGACUAUCUGUUCCAUGAUUUUGAUUUUGCGGAGUCGGAACAGACGGAAAAGGGGAAAACAGAUCCGGGCGAGUUCGUCGCGCCGCCCGUUCCGCCGUCUGUGCUAUCUGGGGACAAUGGCACGACCGUGCUGAACGCGAGGGGGAACCAUCUUUGCAUUAAUGAUAUGUAUCGCACUGCGUAUGCGUUUCGUAUCAGGGAGGAGACGGGCGAGGUGCUUAGUUGGGCUAGUCGACAUGUUGUGCGGGGACCGAAGAAGGGACAGGAUAUUGUGAAUCGGUAUGAGAGGGUAGUGGUAUAA